CUGAGGCGGCGCCGGGGCGGGCGCGGAGCUGGCUGGAGGGCGGCGGAGGCGGUGCCGUAGGGGCCCGCUGAGGCGCGCGGGGUUUGGCGGCGCCCGGAAGCCUGUCGCUUGCGCGGUCCCUCCGGUUCGCUGAGUCCGCGCGGGAGGCCCGACGGCGGGAGGCAGCAUGUCGGUAGCGGGGCUGAAGAAGCAGUUCUACAAGGCGAGCCAGCCGGGGAACACCGUCAGUUGUGGGGAGUGCUGGAUGCAGACGCUACACGUGAAGGUGUUACUUCCAUGGUGGUGCUGCUGCUCUUGCCGGCCCCGAAAAGCUGGUCAGUGAGAAGGUCGGAGGGGCUGAAGGGACCAAGCUGGACGAUGACUUCAAAGAGAUGGAGAAGAAGGUGGAUGUUACCAGCAAGGCCGUGACAGAAGUGUUGGCCAGAACCAUCGAGUAUCUGCAGCCCAACCCAGCCUCGCGGGCCAAGCUGACGAUGCUCAACACGGUGUCCAAGAUCCGAGGGCAGGUGAAGAACCCUGGCUACCCGCAGUCGGAGGGCCUGCUGGGCGAGUGCAUGAUCCGCCAUGGGAAGGAGCUGGGCGGCGAGUCCAACUUCGGCGACGCCCUGCUGGAUGCCGGGGAGUCCAUGAAGCGCCUGGCUGAGGUGAAGGACUCCCUGGACAUAGAGGUGAAGCAGAACUUCAUCGAUCCCCUCCAGAACCUGUGCGACAAGGACCUGAAGGAGAUCCAGCACCACCUGAAGAAGCUGGAGGGCCGCCGCCUGGACUUUGACUACAAGAAGAAGCGGCAGGGCAAGAUCCCCGAUGAGGAGCUGCGCCAGGCCAUGGAGAAGUUUGAGGAGUCCAAGGAGGUGGCCGAGACCAGCAUGCACAACCUCCUGGAGACUGACGAGGCAGCCAGAGAUGGGGGCCAGAAGGAGGGCAGCUCUUCAGCCCUGGCUGGUCCCUUGCAGAUCGAGCAGGUGAGCCAGCUCUCCGCCCUGGUGGAUGCCCAACUGGACUACCACCGGCAGGCCGUGCAGAUCCUGGAUGAGCUGGCUGACAAGCUCAAGCGAAGGAUGCGCGAAGCCUCUUCGCGCCCCAAGCGGGAGUAUAAGCCCAAGCCCCGGGAGCCCUUGGACCUCGGAGAGCCUGAGCAGUCCAACGGGGGCUUCCCCUGUGCCACGGCCCCCAAGAUCACAGCUUCGUCAUCUUUCCGAUCUUCCGACAAGCCCACCCGGACCCCCAGCAGCAGGAGCAUGCCGCCCCUGGACCAGCCGAGCUGCAAGGCCCUGUACGACUUUGAGCCUGAGAACGACGGGGAGCUGGGCUUCCAUGAGGGCGACAUCAUCACGCUGACCAAUCAGAUCGACGAGAACUGGUAUGAGGGCAUGCUCCACGGCCAGUCUGGCUUCUUCCCCCUCAGCUACGUGGAGGUGCUGGUGCCGCUGCCCCAGUGACCGCGUCUCCAUGGUGUGUCGGCCCGCCGCCCCUCCAUCCAGAUCUCUGCAUUCCACGGGCCCCCGCAGCUGGGCAGUGCUCACAGCCUGCGGGGCAGCCCACUCUGGGCCUGAUCCAGCCCCAGGGCAGCGGGGCCCCUGUUUACACUAGUGCUCACCCCCGGUGGUGGGGGCUCCCUUCCCCACUCCACGUGGCCGUCUUGGGGGCUGGGCAGUGUUCCUCCUUCCUGCUGCUCACAACUCUGCCCCCCCAGCUCCGCCCGCCCCGCCCCAGGAGGCUCACACUAAGGUGCUCUUAGAAACACUAACUGCUCCCACCCCUCCAGGGACUGGUAACUCAAGGUGGGCCCCCCUUCUCUCUCUCACACACACGCACGCACGCACGCACGCACACGCAUCCUCUCCCACCUCCAUCCAGCCCUGCCUGGAGACCUGCCCUUAACGGGAUAGGACUGAACAUCGGUGUGAUGGGGUGGUCUGGGCGAGACCCCUGUUUGAGACUCGCCACCCUGCUUUUAAAUCCCCCCCGGACACUACCAGCCCCCUCCAGAGCUCCCUAGGCCCCUGAGUGCCUACAGAUGCCACCUUCCUGGAAGGGUUUCACCCCUUUCUUCUGGCUGGGGACUUGGGGAAAGACGAGCCUGGGCUUCUCAGGAGCCAGGGCCCCUAAAGACAGGCCAUCUCCCCCCUGCAGGGCACUAAGCCCCAAACACCCGUGCCCACCACUGCAUCCCAAGCCAAGAACAUGGAGCAUCUCUGGCACAAGCUGCCAGCGUGCACGUGCGUGUACACACACACACACACACACACACACACACACACACACACACACACACGACCACGGGAGCCCAGCCUACACACAUACAUGCGACCACGGGAGCCCAGCCUCCACUAUGUGGAAGGUCAAGCACAAAGGCUUUGUUAAGUGAAUGUUCCCAGACCCCUGGCUGCUGGGACCCUUGGGGGAGUCACGGGCACCACCCUGGUGAGCCAGCCACCAUACCCUCUUUGGACAGUGGCCCAGGCCGUCUCCUCCAGACCAAGGUAGGCAGCUGCCCAGACCAGCAGGGCCCCAGCCCUGCACCCACGUCCCCUCUUGCCUAAUCCAAAACUUGGCUAAACAGGGGACCCCGGGCCUGGUUCACAUUCCCCUCCUCUGGUGACCCGGUAAAGCCCCCAAGGACACCAGGCCCUCCCUGCUCCUCCAAGAGGCCCCUGGUCACCAGUACCUGGAGGAGAGACAGCCAUCCCAGCCUAGGGCAGAUCAAAAUGUAAUCCUGAUUUUUUUAAGAAAAGUAUUAAAUGUCUCUUUCUACAGUC